AUGGCGGUGUGGGAUACUCAGUUCCAGCGCGUGAGCACAUGUGACGGCGGAGGGGGUGCGCCCACUGCGCUGGACAUCGCGCGCGUGGCGGCCGCUGGACAGCAGAGGCUCGGCCGCGGCUGCGUGCUCGUGCAGGUUCACGUCCGAGCCAAGCUCCGAGGCUCGGCGGCGGGGUUCGGUGCUGGGCCUGGGGCAGCAGGCAUGGGGAAGCGUGGCGCGGGGAAAGGGAAAGGGGGAGCGAAGGGGAAGGGGAAUGGCGGAAGGAAGGGGGACGGGGAGUGGGAGGAGCCUACGACUGAAGUACUAGAGACAUCUGUUGAGUAUGUGCCACGUGGCAUGCUCUUAUUGGAGGAUGAUGAUAGGUGGGGGAUUAUGGAGGAGUUGGAGGAUACGGGAGAUCUGGCAGGCGUUUUAAAAGCAACUGAAGCUCCAACAGUAGGGGAUAGCACAGCAGCAGAAGCAGCUGGAACAACAGCAGGAGACUCAGGGACUGCAGGAGCGGCAGGAGAAGUGGGAGAGGUAGGGGUGGGGGUUCCUGUGGUGUCUCAAGGUGACCUGACAGGGUUGGUCCGGUGUGCAGGAGAUUCCAGCCGACUGCUGCAACUCACUGCUCCAACCAACCGUGGCGCCAGCAGCAGCAGCAGCAGCAGCAGCGACGGUGUCGGCGGCACUAAUGCAGGGUCACCACAUGAAGAAGGUGUAUUUGAUGCAGAGCUGGUGGAGGGGGGAAGAAAGGCAGAAGAGAGCGGCGACGGAAACACAGCGGGAUUUGCUAUUCAAGGCGCUAAUGCGAUGUCAGAAGGGAUGCCCGAGUGGGGUGGGGAGGCUCCUUAUGAUGAGCACCGGGGGGAGUUUGUCCUUGUGCUGUGGCUGCAUAUGGACGGGCAGGCUGUUGCUGGGGCUGACGUGGUCAGGGCUUGCGCUGUGGGCAAUCCCGAGGGUCUGUGCUCGCUGGUGGAGUUUGCUGGUGUGGGAUUGGGGAGAGAUGAGGUGAAGUUGUUGGUGCGUGAUAUGGAGGAUGUUGAGGAGGAGGAGGAGGAGGAGGCAGAGCUGGAGAUAGUGAGCGCGGAGGAAAGGAGUGAAGGAGUGACGGGGAGAAGGAGGGAAGGAGGAAAGGAGGAAAGGAGGGAAGGAGGGAAGGAGGGAAGGAGGGAAGGAGGGAAGGAGGGAAAGAGGGAAGGAGGGAAGGAGGGAAGCAAGGAGCAAAGGCUACGAAGUGUGGCGAUUUCAGGAUGGUGCGCGAGACGGAGUAUUACGACCUGCUGGGGAUCGCGCCCGGCGCAGACGCGUCGGUCAUUCGGAAGGCCUAUUUGUGAAGGUGCGGAAGGGGGAAGGGGGGGAGAGGUGGGGGGAAGGUACGAGGGGGAGGUGGGGGGAAGGUACGGGGGGGAGGUGGGGAGAAGGAAACUGGGGGAAAGGGGGAAGGGGGAGACAGGGGCGGUGUUGGGGAUCGCUCCCGGCGCAGACGCGUCCGUCAUACGAAAGGCCUACUUCGUGAAGUGUGUUGGGGGGUUGGAGGGUAACACGGGGGGAGGGUGGGGGGAAGGAAACCGGGGGAAAGGGGGGGAGGUGGAGACAGGGGCGGUGCUGGGAAUUGCGCCCGGAGCAGAUUCUUCCGUCGCGCGCCUGGUGCAUCCUGACAAGAACCGGGACGACCCGAAAGCAGCGGCCAAGUUCCAGGCACUAGGGAAGGCGUACCAGGCGCGCCUGGUUCAUCCCGACAAGAACCGCGAUGAUCCCAAGGCGGCGGCCAAGUUCCAGGCGCUGGGGGAGGCGUACCAGCUCGCCAUGGCCACCUUUGCUUCCAUCGCCUUCGACUCGGCUGCUGCUGCCGCUGCUGUUGGUGGUGGUGCUGCUGAGGGAGGGAUUGCAGCAGGGCUGGUCCCCGGGGAGGUUCAGCAGAGGCUCAAGGUGGCGCAGGACCAGCGGGACCAGCGAGUGGGGGAGCUGCUGGGAAAGCUGCGCGCGCGGCUGCACCUGUGGGGGUUGGGCGGGAGGGGCAAGGAGGAGUUUGUGCGGUGGGGGCAUGAAGAGGCGGACAAGCUUGCACAUGCUGCCUUUGGAGAGCACAUGUUGGCGAGCAUAGGCUACGUGUACGAGCGCACAGCAGCCAAGGAGCAGGGCAAGAACCCGAUGUACCUGGGAGUGCCGUUUGUGGGCGAGUGGCUGAGAGAGAGAGGCCGCCUGCUGCACACCCACGCCUCUGCUGUCGUUGGCGUGGUGGAGCUGUGUCAGGCGCAGCAGGACAUGCGCAAGGCGGUGCAGGAGCAGGAGCUAGGGGGGGCAGAGCUGGCAGGGUAUCUGGAGAGCCGCCAGCAGUCGCUGCUGGGGUCGCUGUGGAAGCUCAACGUGGUGGACAUAGAGGCCACCUUGGGAAUGGUUUGCCACAAGGUUCUGACAGAGGAGUGUGAGUCGAAAACUGUGCUGGAAGGGCGUGCUCAUGCUCUCAAGAAGCUAGGAGCGAUUUUCCAGGCCAAGGCGCGGCACUUGAAUCAACUCAAGGCAGACGCAGAGUCAGCGUCAAGAGCAGCAGAAGCAGCAGCGGCAGCAGGGAGCCUCUCCCCUCACAUGCGUCCCAAACCCUCCUAUCACCGCCCCUUGAUCUACCCAAUACCAGCCCCCUGGGCAAGAGGCUUUGCCGGCCGCCCCCCGCCUUCCCUGUUCAACCCUUAUGCGCCCUGGCCGCCAGGAGGAGCCAUGCAGGGAUCUCACAAGGCGUUUUAUUCUGAGGAGACGGCUCAGGAGCAGGAGUGCCAGUACCAGCAGCACAGGGAGAAGCAGAGAGCAGCGGAGGAGCAAUGGCGGAGGGAGCAGGACGAGCUAGCACAGCGACAGCAGCAGGAGAGACAAGAGCGGAAAGAGCGGGAAGAGCAAAGAGAGCAACAAGCGCAGGAGGAGAAGCAGCGACAGCGGGAGCAGGAGCAGAAGAGGAGGCAGAAGCAGGAGCAGCAGCAGUGGGGAGAGCAGCAGGCACGGGCCAGUGCCUCACCAGCAGAGAGUGCAGCUGGAUAUUCAUCCGCAGCAGCUGGAGCAGCAGGAGGAGCAGGAGGAGCAGGAGGAGCAGGAGGAGCAGGAAGAGCAGGAGGAGCAGGAAGAGCAGCCUCAGAAGAAGCAGCAGCAGCAGCAGCAGCAGCAGCAGCAGGAGCAGCGGCAGCAGCAGCAGCAGCAGCAGCCAUGGAUCCCCUAUCUGCGUCCGUCAACCCUCAGGCAGCCCAUUCAGAAUCAGAGCCUUCGCCACUACUCACUCCCCCACCUCCUCCUCUUAACACUACUUCUACUCCUUCUGCUGCUUCCGCCUCUGGUGCUUCAGCUGUUACUACCUCUCUCCCUGACCGUCCUCCGCUCCUUUCCCCAUCUGCGUCACCAUCCCCAACAACUCCUUCUCGUGCUGCUCGCACACGCGCUCCUCCUCCUCCUCAUCCUCGUCCUUCCAACGCAUCUCACCCCAACUUCAUGGCCAUGUCUGUUGCCGAGAUCAAACGGUACAUUCGCAGUCAUAACGGCGACACGACAGGACUCGUGGCGCGAUCGGACCUAAUAGCGUAUGCCAAGACCCUCUCAGAACCCGCAACCGCUGGUUGA